GAAUAUCAGAGAGAGAGAGAGAGAGUGGGGAGAUCUCUAGCACAUAAAGUGAAGCCUCGAAUAAACUGUUUACAGUUUGCGUUCAGAACUAAGGAUAGACGUUUAGACGAAGAUGCUCUCGAUCCUAUUCUAUAUUGCCCUAGCAGGGUUUUUAACACUUGCUAAAGCUCAUACUUAUCACAUGGGUAGUUGUCCCAUAGUAGAGCCUAUGCAUGGAUUUCAAAUGAACAAGUUUCUAGGUGUAUGGUAUGUCAUUCAGAAAACAUCUACGGCAAGUAGAUGCAUUUCUUACAAUUAUACUCGUGGCGAAGAACCAGGAGAAUACUUGAUAACUCAAGAUUCUGAUCAUCCUAUAUUAGGUCUUACACCACUGAAACAUGAGUAUCACUAUACCGGUGAAUUGAGUGUACCAGAACUUAGUACUCCAGCUCGAAUGCAAGUUAACUUCCCUCUUAGUGUAGCAGGUACGGCAUCUCACAUAAUCUUUACUACAGAUUAUGACAACUAUGCUGGGAUAUUCACUUGUCAAAAAUUAGCUUUUGCCCAUCGACAAAGUGCAACUAUACUUUCAAGACGUCGUGAUCUUGACAAGAGUAUUAUCGAUAGGAUAAAAGGACAAUUGUCAGGUUACGGAAUAGAUCCUUAUGAUCUUAGUAUUAUUUCUCAGAAUGGUUGUCCACGGGAUAAUGAUACCCUUGAUAUAAAUAUCGAUCCUAAUACUUUCACCGCUGAAAGCUUGGGCAGUGCCGUACGUAAAGCUGGCGAAAAGCUUGGCGAUGGUGUACAAUGGGUUGCACAUGCUGGUAGCAAAGUUUAUCAUAAGAUAACUGGUACUGAGGAAAGUACAACAUCGAAACCAGAGGAUACGCAUAGAGUUAUACCAGUUAUAAGAGAUUCUGGAAAAUACGAGACUAACGAAGUCGAAUGGAUUCCAUAAAAAUGUUAGAAAUGAUUGUUAAGUUGAAAAAAGAAAAAGAAAAGAAAUGAUAUUAGUAAAUUUCUAUUCUUUUUUUCA